AACUAAAUUCAACUUGCUAACGCGUCUGGGGGCGAGUACGGCAAGCGGGAGAGACAAACUGUCCUUAGUGUUUGGGGACUGGUUUCCAGGUUAGUGUGUUUUCAGAGCCUGAGCGUGCACCUUGGCGGAUACGAAAUCGGCCGGACUAUGUCGGCCUUUGAGAAGCCUCAGAUCAUCGCUCAUAUCCAGAAGGGCCUCAACUACACGGUGUUUGACUGUAAGUGGGUGCCCUGCAGCGCUAAAUUUGUGACCAUGGGCAACUUCGCGCGGGGCACCGGCGUCAUUCAGCUGUACGAGAUCCAGCACGGAGACCUAAAGCUGCUUCGGGAGAUUGAAAAGGCCAAACCUAUUAAAUGUGGAACAUUUGGUGCAACAUCUUUACAGCAGAGAUAUUUAGCUACUGGAGAUUUUGCUGGAAACCUUCAUAUAUGGAAUUUGGAAGCUCCAGAGAUCCCAGUGUAUUCUGUAAAGGGCCAUAAAGAGAUUAUAAAUACUAUAGAUGGUGUAGGUGGACUAGGAAUUGGGGAAGGAGCACCUGAAAUUGUGACUGGCAGCCGAGAUGGAACUGUGAAGGUUUGGGACCCAAGGCAAAAAGAUGAUCCUGUUGCUAAUAUGGAACCUCUACAAGGAGAAAACAAGAGAGACUGUUGGACUGUGGCAUUUGGCAAUGCUUAUAAUCAAGAGGAACGUGUCGUUUGUGCUGGCUACGACAAUGGGGAUAUCAAACUGUUUGAUCUCAGAAACAUGUCAUUGCGGUGGGAGACAAACAUUAAAAAUGGGGUAUGUAGCUUGGAGUUUGACAGAAAAGACAUUAGUAUGAAUAAGUUAGUAGCUACAUCUCUGGAAGGGAAGUUUCAUGUUUUCGACAUGAGAACACAGCAUCCAACCAAAGGUUUUGCUUCUGUUUCAGAAAAGGCUCAUAAAUCUACUGUGUGGCAGGUCCGACACCUGCCACAGAACAGGGAGCUCUUCCUGACAGCCGGAGGCGCCGGCAGCCUUCACCUCUGGAAGUACGAAUACCCUGUUCAGAGGUCAAAGAAAGACUCCGAGGGAGUGGACAUGGGAGUUGCGGGUUCGGUCCGCCUUCUGCAGAAUGUUACACUGUCUACCCAGCCCAUUUCCAGUCUGGACUGGAGUCCAGAUAAAAGGGGUCUCUGCAUCUGUAGUUCAUUUGAUCAGAUGGUAAGAGUACUGAUUAUUACAAAGCUCCAUAAAAUUUGAUCUGAAGACUUUGGACUUGACAUCUUCCAGCAGAACACUCUUAGAAUUUAAAAAGUGUUCUGGAUUCUCGGACCCUCACUGAACAAAGUUGGAUUCGAUUGAUGAAAAAGACCCUGGACACAAACCUCCAAGCCAGCCUCUCCCUGGGUGUGAAAUGCCCAGCAGUGUGUCACGGUGACCUGGCUGCACAUGGGGGUGCCACUAUCUCCAGAGCCAGCUGUUUUUUCCAUUUCUCAUAAAAAAUUGCUACUUGUCUAUAUUCAAACAUAUUUUAAAUUUGUUCUGCAUCCCCAGAGUUCCAUAUUUUAUAAUAACAUUUGUGUUGCAUUUUAGCGUUUACAGUGUUGUGGUGGGGGUCACUUAAUUUGGUUUAAAGUUUGCCUUGGUAGAACUGCUGUGAAUUAACUUUCAUAAAUACACUUUGAGAGGUUUCAGUGUCACUAAGUUUCAGUACAGAAUAUUACAUUAUACAAUCCCAAAGUGGCACCUUCAGACUAGAUUUAGGUAGCUGUUUUUUAGUAGUGUAACUCUUAAAAUGAAAUACUACGAUUUACAAAGACCUCUUUUUCACUUAAAAAACAAGAGUUGUAUUAGUGAGACUUUGGAUGGUAAGUCUCACUUAUGGUGAGUGAUGUUGAAUGUUGAGAUGUACAAGAUUGUGGGUUUUGUAGCCUUAUUUUUUGUCAAACUUUUAAAUAUAUUUUAUGAAUAAAUUUGUUUUUGAAAUCUA